AUGACAUCUAGAAAUUACAGAAGGAUCAAUGUUGACUUGUAUAAAGCACUUUCGGAAGGAGAUGACGCCAAGGUAUGUGAUGCAUGCAAAGACUUGCCAGAUGGUCCUUUGCACAAGCUAACCAUACAUCGCGACACUAUUCUCCACAUCGCUAGUUACUACAAGCGUAACAAGCUCGUUCUUCAGCUACUCAGUCUGCUACCUGAAGACGAACCCAACAAACUUACAUUAAAAAAUGAAGCUGGAAACACCAUUCUUCAUGCCACAGCCACCAAUGAUAAGACUGUCGAGGCUGCUGCUGAGAUCAUUCACCGAGCUCCUUCAUUGCUCACCAUGACUGAUAGGCUUGGAGAGACACCUUUUUUCCGUGCAGCCCGUUAUGGCAGGAUCAAGAGUUUCUAUUUUCUUAAAGGUGAAGAUGGAGAUGGGAUGACUGGCCUUCAACUUCUUGCCUGCAAGCCAUCUGCUUUCAACCAUCGAUUCGAAGAGAAUUUCUUCAAGCGGUUCAUAUCUAAAUUUACUGAUUUGAGUGCUAAAGAAAGAAUGAGUAGAGUGCCUAUCCUGAAAGAAGUUCAGAAACAAAAUCGAAAAACGAAAUCAGCAAAUAAACUUGCAACCCUUUUAAUUGAAAAACAUGCCUCAUGGGAAGCAACAUCACCCAUGUCAAACCAGAACAGAAUUAAACCCCACAAAUAUGGAGGAGGGAUAUCGUCUUCAACCAUAACUCCUAUAGAUAUUGUCAUCAAUGCUCCUACUCAUGCCUCUCCAUUGUUUUUAGCUACAAAAUCGAGUUGUACAGAGAUUGUAAAGGAAAUAAUCCAAGUGUACCCUCAGGCUGUAGAGCAUAUUGAUGAGGAUGGACGUGACAUUUUGCAUGUAGCCAUUAAAUAUCGAAGAAUGGAGAUCUAUAAAGUUGUGAUCAAUAUGAAGUUUCCCUUGACGAGGCUAAGGGGGAAGAUUGACAAACAAGGCAACUCGAUACUUCACAUGGUAGGCAUGAAAGUUAGCGAUCAGAAAACUGAGGGGGACAUCAGAAGCCCUACUGUGGUACUACGAGAUGAUUUGAUUUUAUUCGAGGUAAUGACAUUUUAUCCUUUGUGCUUCAUUUUUUACACACACCAAAACUUUCUAACCUAUAAACCUCCGGUAAUAGCCUGCUAA